UCUACGUAGAGCUUCCGAAUUGGAUUCUUGUUCGUAGCCUGUAACAGCAGCUUAUAUGGAAAAAAAAUAGUUUCAUUCUUCAUUUUCUACGACCAAGAAUACCCAAAACAAUGUACCAAAAUUUAUCUGAAAUGGUGAGAAAAAGAACACCGGAGAUCCAGCAAUUGUACCCGAGAAGAUCCAUGGCCGAAUCAGAGAAUAGAAAACGCAAAAAUCAGUAUCCAAUCCCCCUCAAAUUCACAUCCCGUGAACAAAAUCAAUCGAAUUCGACAACUGUUCAAGCCGACAUUUCAACUCGGAUAAAUCCAAGCAACCCAUGUGGGGAUUCUUCUUUUUUGGCUUCAUAUCUCUGUUUUUGAGGGUCCUCUGCCUUCCGAUCAUGUGGGAAUCAGAGGCUGAGUCCGUUCGAGGACGCGAAUAUGGGCAUGGACUCGUCAGUCCGACCAAGCAUUGCAUCAAGACUGAUGGGUUUGAGCUCAGAGGCCGUUCAUGGCAUGUUCGGACUGAUAUUCAUAGUGACCUUCUUGUUCAAGUUGAAGAUGUAGAUUUCCAUUUACACAAGUAUCUUCUCUUUUCUCGGAGUGGGAGGAUGACGAGACUUGUGUAUGAAUCGAGGGAUCCGGAUUUGAGCAGGAUUGUAAUGAACGACCUCCCUGGAGGGGCUGGGGCUUUUCUACUGGUAGCGAAGUUCUGCUAUGGCGUUCCUCUUGAUCUGUCGGCAGCUAAUAUCUCCGGCCUCAGAUGUGCCGCAGAGUUUCUUGAAAUGACGGAGGAUUUUGAAGAAGGGAACCUGAUAUUCAAAACCGAAGCAUUUUUGAGCUACGUCGUCUUGUCGUCUUGGAGUGACUCAAUUGUAGUGUUGAAAAGCUGCGAGAAUCUUUCGCCAUGGGCCGAGAAUCUUCAAAUUGUUAGAAGGUGUAGUGACUCCAUAGCUUGGAAGGCCUGUGCCAACCCAAAAGGAGUGAGAUGGUCUUAUUCUGGGAAGCCUCAGCCUCAGCCUCAGGACAUUUCGAGCCCCAAAUGGACCGAAAUGAAGGAUCCGAGCCUUGGUGGAAGCUAUACCGUUCCUGCAGAUUGGUGGUUUGAAGAUGCAGCAAUCCUGAGGAUGGAUCACUUUGUGAGAGUCAUCACUGCUAUAAAGGUGAAAGGGAUGAGAUUUGAACAGAUUGGAGCUGCAAUAAUGUACUAUGCAUCUAAAUGGCUUCCAGGUCUAGUAACUGAUGGGAAUGGAGAAGGCACUGAUGCCACAAACUGUAGCAAUGGCAAUGGCAGUAGCAGCACGUACAAUUGGAAUGGUGGCCUUCAUAUGGUUGUGGUCAACCCAAAAGACGAAAUCUCGAUGCCUGAGGCGAAAGAACGGAGAAUGAUCAUCGAGAGCCUGAUCAGCAUACUUCCACCACAGAAGGAUAGUGUCUCAUGUAGCUUCCUUCUGCAACUUCUGAGAAUGGCAAACGCGUUGAAGGUGGCUCCUGCUUUGGUUACUGAACUGGAGAAAAGGGUGGGGAUGCAGUUUGAACAGGCCACCCUCAGAGAUCUUCUCAUUCCUUCUUAUAACUCAGCUGAGACCAUGUAUGAUGUUGAUCUUGUUCAGAGGAUUUUGGAACAUUUCCUCAUUCAAGAACUAACAGAGGAUUCAAGUCCUAGCAGUCAGUCCUUUUCGGGAAAAGGCGUCUCAGAAGGAUCUCAAACGGCUGCUGGUUUGGCCCAGAAUGCGAAGAUGCGAGUGGCAAGGCUUGUUGAUAGCUAUCUCACAGAAGUGGCCAGAGAUAGAAAUCUCUCCUUGACAAAGUUUCAGGUUCUGGCUGAGGCUCUGCCUGAAUCGGCAAGAUCGUGCGAUGACGGGCUAUAUCGAGCAGUUGAUUCCUAUCUUAAAGCACAUCCAACACUAUCCGAGCACGAAAGGAAGCGGUUAUGCCGUGUGAUGGACUGCCAAAAGCUGUCCGUUGAUGCCUGUAUGCACGCUGCACAAAACGAACGACUUCCCUUACGGGUUGUCGUUCAAGUCCUCUUCUCCGAGCAAAUGAAGAUAAACAAUGCCAUAGCCAACACCGCAAUCAAAGAACCCAGCGAGCACCAAUACCAGCCUAUGGCCUCAAGCAGGAAAACACUCCUUGAAGGAACACCACAAUCAUUCCAAGAAGGAUGGACAGCAGCUAAGAAAGACAUAAACACACUGAAAUUCGAACUCGAUACCGUGAAGACGAAGUACACCGAGCUCCAAAACAACAUGGAGAAUUUGCAGAGGCAGUUUGAGAAGAUCCUAAAGCAGAAACAAACAUCAUCAUGGAGCAGUGGAUGGAAGAAACUAAGUAAACUGGCCAAGAUGAAUCCAUUGGAAAACCAAGAAUUAGCUGACCAAGUUCCAACAACAGGAGAGAAGGCCAGAAAGACACAUAGAAGGUGGAGAAAUUCAAUAUCAUGAAAGGGAAAAUUCAAUAUCUGCCUUGUCUUUUUAUAAUUCCACAGUUAUAUUGAUUCUCUAGGAAAGUUACUGCUUUUGUGAAAUGGAAAAGAAAAUUCUAUUAAGGGGUGUGUUUGGGAUUAUGAAAUCUUGUGAGAAGUACUCUGUCAAAAUCAUUUCUUUUAUAAGCUCUUUAAUAAAAAGUUCAUUAUUUUGUUCUA